AUGCUUUUGAGAUGUGUUGCGAACGAGACAAAUGCACAUGUUUUGACUGUAAAUGGACCAUCAAUUGUUUCAAAAUACCUUGGAGAAACAGAAAAUGCAAUCAGAGAUAUAUUUGAGGAAGCAAGAAAAUUUCAACCCUCUAUAGUAUUUUUGGAUGAAAUCGAUUCUUUAGCUCCUAAUAGAAACUCAGACGACAGUGGUGAAACCGAAUCAAGAGUUGUUGCUACUUUGUUAACCAUGAUGGAUGGAAUGGGUGAUACAGGAAGAAUCGUAGUGGUUGGAGCCACAAAUCGUCCUAAUUCUAUUGAUCCCGCUUUAAGGCGGCCUGGUAGAUUUGACCAAGAAGUUGAAAUUGGAAUUCCUGAUGUUGAAGCAAGAACUGAUAUAUUGACAAAGCAGUUUGAUAAAAUGGACAUGUCCAAAUUUGACUUAACCAAAGAACAAAUAACCUCCAUUGCAUCUAAAACUCAUGGGUACGUUGGUGCUGACUUGACCGCAUUAUGUAGAGAGUCAGUAAUGAAGGCGAUUAACAGAAGCAUGAAGGCUCACAUUCCUCAACGUGAGAUAAAGUUGGAAUUCAGAGAUGUGGAAGAAGCAUUACCAGAAAUCAGGCCAUCAGCUAUGCGUGAAAUAUUCUUGGAAAUGCCAAAGGUAUAUUGGUCAGAUAUUGGUGGUCAGGAGGAAUUAAAACAGAAACUCACAGAGGUGGUACAAUUACCAUUGGAAGCUGCAGAUACUUUUAGUAAGUUAGGAGUUCUGGCGCCAAAGGGUGUUCUAUUAUAUGGACCUCCAGGAUGUUCUAAAACCCUUACUGCAAAAGCUUUAGCAACCGAAUCUGGAUUAAACUUUUUAGCCGUCAAAGGGCCAGAAAUAUUUAAUAAAUAUGUUGGUGAAUCUGAGCGUACAAUAAGAGAAAUAUUUAGAAAGGCAAGAGCUGCUUCGCCAUCAAUUAUAUUUUUCGAUGAAAUAGAUGCAAUCUCAGGAGAUAGAGAAUCAUCUGGUACUUCUGCUUCUCAAAAUGUUUUAACUUCUUUAUUAAACGAAAUUGAUGGGGUCGAGGAAUUGAAGGGGGUUGUUAUAGUAGGGGCUACAAAUAGACCAACAGAGAUUGAUCCAGCUUUAUUAAGACCUGGUAGAUUAGAUCGUCAUAUAUAUGUUUCCCCACCCGAUUAUGAUGCCCGUUUACAAAUUUUGACAAAGGGAUGCUCCAAAUUUAAUUUGGAUGGGAACGAAGUCAGCUUGAACACAUUAGCAGAUUUAACAGAAGGGUGUUCUGGUGCUGAAGUUGCACUUUUAUGUCACGAAGCAGGUUUGUCAGCCGUGAUGGAAGAUAAGCAAGCAACUUGUGUUAAACAAAGACAUUUCGAUCAUGCUUUGAAGGGAAUAUCUAAAGGUAUUACCCAGGAAAUGUUAGAAUACUAUAAAGCUUUUUCUAGUAAAAGUGGAUUAAAUAUUUAG